AUGAAGAGACCAGAUUCUGUUGUGUUGUUUCUUAACAACCAAGAAGAACAACAGCAGAGCGUCAACAAAGCAAAUGCUGUUGAGGAAGAAGGUAAUACUGAAUAUUCAGAGGAGUUCGACAUGAUUUCCACAGAAAAAAAGAGCGCAAUCAAUCAUACGUCAAAGUCAAUCGUGAAUGAAUCCAAGUUAGAGGGUCGUCUACUCACACGUGAAGAUUUAAUAAACUUAGACAAAAAUGAACCUCAUUGGAAAUAUAUUCGAAUUGGAACGUUAAUUGCGUUUGCGACUGUAUUCUUCGGCCUUUUAGCAGCAUGUAUUGCAUACAUGAGUUUUGGGCCGAAAUGUCCAUCUGUGCCCAAAUUACCAUUCUGGAAAUCGUCAGUCGGUUACUGGUUAGAUGUAUUUGCGUUUAAAGAUUCGUCUGGCGAUUUAGUUGGUGACCUCAAAGGUCUCAUAUCUGAAGUUGACUAUAUCAAAAGUGUGAUCGGUGCCGGAUUUGUGAUUUUGGGUCCCAUUACAAAAGGCUUUUACACUAAUUCACACGAUAUGCUAGGAUUGGUUGAAGAUUAUGAGCGAUUAGAUGACGCUGUUGGCACAAUGGGGGAUUUUCGUGUCCUUUUAAAAACAUUUCAUAAGAAGGGUGUGAAAGUUGUCGUGACAUUCAACUUCAAUGCCAUAUCCAUCAAUCAUAAGUGGAUUGGAGAAAACAAAGUCAAGUUGAAGUCAUUCGAAGAUCCCUACAACAAUAAGAAAUCACGUUACGGAAAACCAAUCGAUGUAGAUAUCGAUGGCAAGAAAUACUAUUCUGUUUUCGGAUCACCUAAUGUUGAUCUAGAUUUGACUGAUCCUGAUACUCAGAAACAGAUAAUUAAUGUGAUCAACAUGUGGAUGAAAGAAGGAAUUGAUGGAAUUCUUUUGGAUAACGCUGCAUUUUUUGUUGAAGAAGAAGAAAAUGUGCAAAACAAAGUCAGUUGA